AUGUUUUUAUGCAACAAUAAUGAUAAUGGUAAUGGUGACGAUGUCAAUAGCAACAAUGGCAAUAGAAAUAUCAAUGCGGUGUUAGUGAAGACAACAAGUGGUGGCGAUAGUAAUGGUGAUGGCAAUGACAUAUGUAGUAUUAGUGGUUGUAAUGCCAACAAUGAUAGCAAUGUAGGUGGUGACAGUGACAGUGGUGGGUGGUGGUGCCAGUGUGGUGGUGGUGGUGAUUGUGGCCACAUUGGUGGUGGUUGUAGUAGUGGUGAUGGUGAUAGAGGUGGUAUCGUUGGUACUGAUAACAAUGAUGAUGGCGAUGGUGAUAGUAAUGCCGGUGAUAAUGGUGAUGUUGGUGGCAACAAUGGUGACAGUGAUGCUGGUGGUGGUCGCGACAACGUUGGUAACAAUUGUUGUUGUGGUGAUGGUGGUGACAAAAACGAUGGUGGCGACAUUGAUGGUGGUGGUUGUAGCGGUGCUAGUGGUAGUGGUAGCCAGUUAUGGCGGUCACAAUGA